AUGGGCAACUUCCAGUCAGUGGUGUGGGCCACCGACGACAACGAAGACGUUCGUUACUCGCUGGCGAUCAUCAUGGGGUUCUACGUGGUGGGCCUCGUGCUGCUGCUCAUGGUGAUGCAAAUCCUGGCCCUGGCCUUCCCCUACCGGUGGUACCUCAAGCUCUUCUGGUUCGAAGACCGACUCAGCUUCUACUUCACACGCAAGACCAUAAUCGCCGAUCGACCCUUGGCCAUCUACUAUGAAGUGUUGGCCAUCGCGAUGUCGCUCAUCUCGUGCAGCCUGUUCAUCUACCUCACGGUGGAGGUGUCGAUGGACAACACCGCCAUAUUCAAGGAGGCCUGGGUGAUCUACCUGGAGCUGGGCAUGAGCAUCUUCGCCAUCUUCGAUUAUCUUUUACACUUCUUCCUCGCCGAAACCAAAAUCAAGCACAUCAUGGACCCGCUCGCCCUUUGCGACCUCAUCGCCGCCUUCCCCGGCCUGAUCGCGCCCGGCAUCGGGCGAUUUCUCUACGCAUUCCAGUUCUUGCGGUUCCUGCGCGUGCUGCGGGCUUUGCUUCUGCUCGACAGCUACGGAUUCGCGCCUCGCGUGUGGCGCUUCCGCGCAUCGGCGCUCUUCAUGAGGCUGUUCACGCUCGCGCUGGCUUUUGUGUGCUUCGUGUUCGUCAUGGCCGGCUUCAUGUGGAUCUCCGAGAACUCGCACCAAAACUCUGAAGGAAUGCUCGACACCUUCCUCGACGCCUGCUACCUCAUCAUCGUCACCAUAUCGACGGUGGGCUACGGUGACUUCUCGCCCAAGUCCUACAUCGGCAAGGUGGCGAUCAUGAUCAUCAUCAUCGUGGCCAUCGCCCUUGUGCCCUUCGUGGUCAACAUCCUUCUCACGGCCUGGCACGACUACAACGCGGACCGCCAGUACUCGACGACGCGGAGCCGCAGCUUUGUGCUGAUGUUUGGCGGCACUUCCAAGCUCGUCAACUUUGCGAAAGAAUUCUACAACGAGGAGAGAGACAAGUACCCGCGAGCGCAUGUGGUGGUGAUGAGCAACAGCGAGGUCCCACCGGCAGUCGGCACGUUCGUGCGGAAGCCCUUCUUCCGAAACCGGCUGCGCUUGUACACCGGCGACCCGACCUCACCAUAUCACCUGGGUAGGAUGAAACUGACGAAGAGCGCGGCGUGCUUCAUCGUUCCGCCAGAACGGCACAACUCUGUCGAAGACGAAGAUACAGAGGUGGUGAUGACGGCGCUGGCGGUGAAGUCGGUGAGUCCGCAGACGAAGGUAUUUGCGAUUGUCUUCGACUCCACCAAUAGAAUGCUGCUCAGCGAGGCGGGCGUUGAGGUCUCUCUCGGGACAGACGAGCUGAAGCUGACGUUGCUGGCGCAAAACUGUCUGUGUCCGGGCUUGAGCACGUUGUUCGUCAAUCUGAUGUACAACCACAACUGGUCCGACGGGUUCACCCACUCGUGGGAACGAAAAUACGCUUUCGGCUCAAGCCACGAAGUCUACACGGCGCCGAUUCCUGAGUGCCUGGUAGGGCGGGUGUUCUCCGAGGCAGCGUUGGUGAUCUACCACUUCACCAACGGCGAGGUGCUGCUGCUAGGCGUGAAGGGCGGCAGCGUGUGGAGCCACAGGAAGAAGCUGCUCUUGAAUCCGCAGCCGCGCUACAAGUUGCUCAGCGGCGACACGGCGUUCAUGAUCUGCAGCAAGCAAUCUCACGCCGAUCGCAUUUUGAACCUCACCCCCGAUGCCGUGCGCAUUGGCGACGUGAUCCGCAACAUCGAGGAGAAGCGAGAUCGCGUGAGUGAGGAGGCGGUCAGCAACGACAGCAUUCCGCAGGCCUCGCGCAAGAACAGUCGCGCCCGCAACGACGCGCUGGCGCUUGACCGGACGCAGGACGACCAACACAUCGACAUCGUGCAUAGCCCAGAUGCGUUUGAUUCGAUGGAGCGCGGCAAUCUCGAGCGGGAGGCUGAUGACGAUCCGGCUCCUCGACCACGACGCAGAAAGAUCCCCAUCGUUCGCUCGCCUGAGAGCCGGAGCCUGAUGAAUUUGAUCGGGCACGCGGACAAGGCAAUCCUGAUGAAACUCAUCAAGGAGGAAGAGGCGGCCGCCGGGGGGGACUUGAACAAGUCCGCCGGCUCGCCCGCUCUCUACGCGUCCGGCCAGGUGUCGCCCAGACGGCGCGCAAGCCCCCGCCACAAGAAUGAAAGAGAAAGCGAAAACGAAAACGAAAACGAAAACGAGGAGGAGAGCGAAGACGACACCGAUCCCGCCAGAACGAGAAAGCAGGUGCGAAUAAUGGAUGCUGACAGCGACAAGGGCUUCCGACCGCAGCCGGAGGAGGGGGACGUAAAGAAGAACGAAAGGGGAAAGAACGAAGACGAAGUGGCGGAGCGACGAAACGACGAAGACGACAACGAUGACGAUUACGAGGUGCUGCACGGCGGCGACGUGACGCGCAUGCCGCUGGCCCAGAAGAAGCGAUCGAAGAGCACCGGGCUGCUGAACGCGCUCGGAAAGCGGGCGGGCGCCAACCGCGUGGACCUGAGCGACGACAACAUGCUCGCCCUGCUGCCCGUCCCGCCCGAGCGGACCAACACCUUUCAACCCAUCGCCUCCUCUGCGGGAGUGCCGAGGAAGAAGAUCAAUCUUCUGGAGCAGUCCCAGGCGCAGUUUUCGCACGUCGUGCGCCAGGACACUCCCGCCAACAGGAACCUCCGCACUUCGUCCGAAAUGGCAGAGCUGAGCGUGGCGGACAUCGAGGUGGUGGAUGUGCGCGAGCUCGGGUGGGCGGGCCACAUCGUCGUGUGCGGCUGCCUUCGCGGCAUCGCCCAAUUCAUCGCGCCCCUCCGAGAGCUGGACGACCGCGCGUAUCCGCCCUCGCGGCUCUUUGGGGCCUUGCGCCAACACAAGCAAGUCUACGUCCUGUCCUACGAGGCACCCAUCACGCGCGACGACUUCCGGCGGGCGGGGGCCGAGACGGCAGCCAACGUCGUCAUCCUGGACCAAUGGAGCGGCAAGGACGCCGACAAGAAAAAGGACGUCGAGGGGAUCAUCAUGUACCGGCUGCUGGCCGGGCUCAAGCUCGCCGGCACUCCGCUCAUCUCACUGGAAACGGCAUCGAGCAUUCACUACAUCUCGCCGCGGAGCGAGGGCAACGAGACGCGAGAGAAGUGGUUCCGUAGCGAACUCUACGCCAGCGGCGGAGUCGUGCUUUCCGAGAGUCAGGACACCGUCAUGUGCCAGGCCUUCCGCAUGCCGGAGGUGGUCGACUUGAUCAGAUCCAUCUCCCGUGGUAUCGUGCUGCAGCUCAACGUCACCACGCUCACCCCCUUUGCCAAGGUUAACCAAGGCAUGCUCUAUCGCGACUUCCUCUGUCUGGUCGUGUCAACCACCGACCUCAUCCCGCUCGGGCUCUAUCGCACCGACAAGGAGACGACCCUCACCAGCAAAUCCGGAUUGUCGGCGUUGGCGGAGCUCAUGCGCAACAGCGGCGCGGCCCUGCACGGGGGCGAGGACGGAGGUGGAAACGCACACAUGCGGAACCGAAAGGGUAAGCUAGGCCUGCGCAAGACCCACGCCUUCCAGGAGAACGAUAGAGAAAGCGAAACCGAAAACGAAAACGACAAAGAAAACGAAACCGCCGGUAACGGCAGUCUCGGCUCGGGCUCGGGCGCGAGCAGCGCGGGCGGGAAGCGAAGCAGGCUCCUGGCCAGCUUCGAGAAGGGCAGCAGGCGCGGGAAGAGGGAGCCAGCUGAGGAGCGCGAGUUCAAGUACGUCCUCACGCACCCGCCCUGGGAUUGUCGCCUGCAGGAAACGGACAGGGUGUUCCUCCUGCUGUCUGAUUCCGAGACGUGGGAGCGCAUGCGCAGGAAAGACGAGUCACAGGACCCGCACGAGGUGGUCCACAGCGCCACGCCAGCAGAGCGGAAGAUCAUCGAAGAGCAGAUUCUCCAACGGUUGAAGGGCGAGAAGCGGAAGAAGCGGGAGGUGGUGCAAAGCCUGAAGGAGAUCGCGAAGAAGGAGAAGGAGGACAAGGAGCGCCACGACCGACGGCGCUUUGUGCCGUGGCGCAAGGCCAGCGCCCGGCCGUGGCACAGCCGGAAGCACAAGAACAGGGAUGCGAUCAACAACAAGAAGUCGGACGAUGAUGUGAACGGCAUGUUUGCAGCGGGCCACCACGAGGCCGUGGAGAUGACGACGCUGCGCGAAGUCGAGGGCGGCGGUGACGAUGGAGAAGACGAUGGCGGUGAUGAAGAGGAGGAGCUGCAGCGACCAGACGGGAUCGACAGCGAUCAGUCCUCCGAGAGCGAGAGCGAAUCGUUGUAA